AUGAAGUGUCUCAGCGAAGUCAACACCAAUCACAUGAGAAGAUUGGUCGCCCGUUUGCUGUAUCAUUUGCAAGCCAAAAGGAGAGAUUGCGCAAGUUCAAUACUGAAGUCGAGAAGUAAGCUCCCUAGUUUCUACGACUUGGUGGAAUUUCUACAAGAAAGAGCAAGCUCCGAGAAUAACCCGGUAUUUGGUAAUUUGAAAGAGUUGAAUAAAACUGAUGUCGUCCGAAAGAAAAGAUACUCAGACUCAAAUAUAAACGCUCCAAGAAUUUCAAGCUUCAAAACACAAUUUGCACCAAAACAGUCCGACCAUAACGCUGAUCAGACAACACCUGUAUGUCCUUUAUGUCAACAUAGGCACCGCCGUCAAUCGUGUCCAAUAUUCCUGAACAUGACAUAGAAUCUAGACUUUGUUUCCAAAUAUGCUAAAUGCGACGUUCACGGUUGUUAUCGAAGACAUCAUAGGCUCUUGCAUUUGAACAACCUAGAACCGAAGAAAGAUCAAAUCAAUGUUGAAAAGUUGGAGCAAUGAAAGGUAACUACAUGUGACGCCAAUGUCCAGACAAAUGCAGCGAAUGUUGUCCCAGAUGUCUACAAGGGUACAACAGCACUCCCAGUCAUGGCAGUUGUAGACCGCGGACCAGAUGGCCAGAGUAAGUCGAUGUACGCGCUGUUAGAUCAAGCGAGCGAAGCCACCUUUAUACACAGUAACCUAGCCAAAGAUCUUAACCUAAAGGGAACCAGAAGUACACUUUCCAUAAAGUCAUUGACUGGAUCCACUUCAAUCAACGCGGAGAAAGUAUCAGUCACUGUUGAAGCCGUAGAACGAACCCAUGAAGAUUUGAAGCUUCUAGUAAGAGACGUAAUAAUUACUGACAACUUCGAUGUACACCUUAAAGUUGUGCCAAGAAAAGACAACUUAUUGGGAUGGAAACAUUUGUCGGAUGUAAACUUUCCUGAUGUCGAGUGCGAAGAAAUUCAAAUGCUAAUCGGGCUGACAAUCCAGCAGUUUUCAUUACCGAGCCAGUCAGAGUUGGUGGACCUGGUGAACUGUGGGCAUUCAAAUACAAACUGGGCUGGGCUCUGA